AUGCUCAAGCAGAUCCUUCAUGAGAAUUGGUCAUGGCAGAAAGACUGGGCGUGGGAGAAGGCAGUUCAGCUGUUGCAGGGAGUCCUCCCAGUUGGAGCACUGGAGAAGCGUCAGCUGGAAGAAAGACAGUCGUGGGUCGAGGAAAGGAUGCGCAUGGAGCAGCUCUGUGGGGAACAACUGCAACAGCUAGAACUUUGUCAGGGCAAUCUCACGAAGACAGAGCGGGAUCUCGCCAUAGCUGAAACAGCUGUGAGCUCCAAGAUGAGUGAAGUCUCAAGUCUUGAGAAGGUUGUGGCUGAACUCCAGCGGCAAUUUCGAGAGGUGAAGGAUGCCCUUGCAGCUGCUGUGAGCAGCAACGAUCACCUUCGAGAGCAGCUGCAUGAACAGCAAAUGCGCUCUCAGGACAAGAGCAAAGAUUCCUUAGAAUGCCAAGCGCCCUUCACUGAGCGCUUGUCGGAGAGUCAGCGAAUGGCGGAGGCGGAGCUUGCCCUCACAGCAAAGCAGAUUGAGGCAAUGGAUGCAGAGCUUGAAGAGUGCGACCAGGAGUUGGUCCGAUUGCUGAACGUGCAAGAGGCGAGCCUCGCAGAGCUGACGCGCUUGGAUUCCGACGUGUCUCUUUGGAGGUCCCAGUGCGACACGGAGAAUUCCAACCGCGAGGUUCUCGAAAAUGAGAUGAAUGCGGCCAAACACCACUUCAAUGGUGAGCACUUGAUCUUGCAGACCAACUGCGAUCUCUUGCUUGCGGACAUCGAAGAUCUAGAGCAAGAGAUUCGGGAACUCACAGAUGAUAUGGUGCAAAAACGUCGCUUUCUUGUGAGUCGCGAGGGAGAGAGCAACACUCGUCAGGCUGCAGCUGAAGCGCAUUUGAAGGAGUCACAGGACCUGUUGGCAUCCUGUCAGAGCCGUUUGCGCGAAGCAGCAGACCAACGCGCCCGUGCUAAGUUAGAAGCAGAAGGCCAACGUCGAAAGUCCCUGGAGGUCAUGUCUGUGCUCGAGCGGAACUUGGAACACCAGGUGCAAGGGCUCUUCAGCAUGUGGGAGCGUUACGAUGCCGUGCUGGAGAACGAACGCAAGGUACACGAACAGGUCUUGUCUGCAUAUGUUCCAUUUGGAUCCAAUUUGGCUCCAACAGAAGACAAGACGCUAAAGGUUCGGACCAGCGGCAUUCGUGUAUUUCAUGAGGAGAGUAGCAAGUAUGGCAUCAUUUGGAACCUCAAGGGUUCGGACUUGGUGAAAGUGCUGUGGGACGACAAGGAUGGGGAACAAUCAGGGGGGGAAUACCGCGUCGGUACUGACGAGAACGGUGUUGAACACUAUGACCUUCUUCUCCAUGCUGUCCACAGCUACAUCAAACUCUCUGGAGCAGGUGACGCUGGAGAAGAUGAGGAUGCCCAGGCUUUGAAUGGGAUUUAUGUCAUGAGCAACGACGGCUUCAUCCCAGAGUACUAUCAGAUGAAAGGGCCUGGACGUAUUUCAUUCAACCCAGAUGAAGGCAUGUGGACCAUUUGGAGCAGGGACUUUGGAAAAAUCCAGUAUUUCUAUGAGAUCUAUGCUGAAGUGCUUGAUGUACCGGUGGAAGGUUGGGAGUGCAUCGCCCAGUGGGAUCCCGAAAUCAGUCCUCCCCCAACCAUCACAAAGCACGAGUUGCAAGUGGGACAGGACGUCAAGCUACGCAAGCAUCAUCCAGACAACCACAUUCCUGCUGAGAAGUAUCCUGGCCCUCCAUGUGCCUUCAACAAUGGAGACAUUUGCACCAUCGAGCGCAUCCAGGGCCUUUUCUUCGCUCCGAAGAUCUCCCCGGACCAGUGGAUCCCGUUGCGUGCGGCCGUGCCCGCCUCGGAGAUGGAGAAGCUGGAGGGAGAGGACGAUGAAACGCCCACCCGCUUGGCCAAGGCGAAGGGCUCCGGCUCCAAGCCGAAAAAAGAUGGCAAAGAUGGAAAAGAUGGAAAGGCUAAGAGUGCAGCAGGUGGUGGUGCCAACGCCAUCAAGUUGAUCAAAACUUUGGUGGAAAAGGUUGAUAAUUUGGAGACUGAGGUGAAGAAAUUGCAAAAGUGA